UCUCAUAAACAUCUGUGGGCCUUCAGGGUAUCCACAGAUCAGCCAUGGGGAAGUACAAAGACCAUCCAAAAUGGACUCUCAGCUGGAUCAUAUUCGUUAUUGGAAUAAGUUCCUCUCAAUCAGCAAACGGACCAGUCAACAUUUCACCAAUGACCAGGACCAUCUCUGGACUGAGUCCGGCUCACAAUGAAAGAGUCUGCAGCACUUGGGGUAAUUUCAACUUCAAAACCUACGAUGGAGACUUCUUCCAGCUUCGGUCUACGUGUAACUACAUCCUGACGUCUCAAUGCUCAAGCAGCUACGAGGACUUCAAUGUUCAGCUGAGGCGGCAGGUCGUCAAUGGCGAACCCCAGAUCAGCAAAAUCACUAUGAAGCUGGAAGGCACAAUGGUGGAACUUUCCAAUGGCUCCCUUAGUGUGGAUGGACUCAAGGUAACUCUGCCUUACAGCCACUCUGGUGUCCUUAUUGAGAAAAACCCAACCUACAUCAAAGUCACCGCCAAGAUGGGACUGGUGGCCAUGUGGAAUGGAAAUGAUGCUUUCAUGGUGGAAUUGGACAAUAAGUACAAAAAUCAGACUUGUGGACUUUGUGGUGACUUUAAUGGCAUCCAGCUUUACAACGAGUUCAUCCAAAAUGGGGUUGAGAUUUCUCCAUCAGACUUCAGCCAGUUUGCAAAGAUGGAUGGUCCGACUGAGAGCUGCAGUGAAUUACCACCUCCAUCAGAUGACACCUGCGUAAAACUUACAUCAGCAUGUGAGCAGCUCCUCUCAGGUCCAGCUUUCAGUGACUGUAAAAACCUCAUCUCCCUCGAGUACUUUAUCAAAGCCUGCGAGUCGGACAUGUGCCAGUGCAACGCCAGCUCCAACAGCUUCUGCCUGUGCAGCACCAUCUCUGAAUUUUCACGUCAGUGUGUGCACGCUGGAGGAAAGCCGAGCCCAUGGAGGACAGAGCAGUUCUGCCCCAAAACAUGCCCUUUUCCAAACAUGGCGUAUCAGGAGUGUGGGAACCCGUGCAUUAACACCUGCUCAAAUCCAGACCGAGGACAGCUGUGUGAGGAACAUUGCAUCGAUGGCUGUUUCUGCCUUCCAGGUUUGGUCCUGGAUGAUCUGACGGGUCGAGGAUGCAUCACACAAGAUCAGUGUUCUUGCCUUCACAACGGCAAAAUCUAUCACACCGGUCAGAACAUCACCAGCAACUGUAAAGAAUGCACCUGUACCUCUAACCAGUGGAGCUGCACAGAAAAAGACUGCCCCGCUACGUGCUCUGUAGAAGGUGGAUCCCACAUCACAACAUUUGACGGAAAAACAUACGACUUCCACGGUGACUGUACAUACAUUCUUGCUGAGCAAACCAGCGGUGCUGACUUUGUGGUUGUAGGAGAUCUGGUUCGUUGUGGUUUGACGACCACUGAAACAUGUCUGAAGUCCGUGACCCUGGCUCUGUCGGCUGGAAGCACCGUGUUUAACAUCCAGUCUGAUGGAAAGGUCUUUCUUAACCGAAUCUAUUCUCAGCUUCCUCUCUCUACAGCUGGUGUGAAUAUUUUCCGCCCCACCACAUUUUAUAUCAUCGUCCAGACGUCUUUUGGGCUUCAGAUGGAGAUUCAGCUUGUACCCAUCAUGCAGGUUUACAUAACCCUGGACGUGACUUACAAGCAAAACGUACUGGGUCUGUGUGGAAACUUUAAUGACAUCCAAAGUGAUGAUUUUACGACCAUGAGCGGAUCCCGUGAAGGAACUGGUAUUGGUUUUGCUAACAGCUGGGGGACUAGAGCUAACUGUCCUGAAGUGAAGAACACUUUUGAGAACCCCUGCAGUCUCAGUGUGGAAAACGAAAAGUAUGCUCAGAAGUGGUGCUCUCUGCUGACAGACCCUAAUGGUGUUUUUGCACCGUGUCACUCUGAGAUCAGCCCAGAUAUCUACCAAAAGAAUUGCAUGUAUGACACCUGCAACUGUGAGAACAGUGAGAACUGCAUGUGUGCGGCGCUCUCGUCUUAUGUUCACGCCUGUGCCGCUAAAGGAAUCCUUCUAACUGGCUGGAGGAGUGAAGUGUGCAUGAAAUAUGCCACCAGCUGCCCGAACACCAUGGUCUAUACCUACGACGUACGCAGUAGCAUGCAGUCAUGUCGCUGUCACAGCGAUCCGGAUUUCACCUGUGCUGUGACCUUUGACCCGGUGGAUGGGUGCGUUUGUGCUGAAGGAAUGUAUCUUGAAGAGAACGUCAAGUGUGUUGAGCUGGAUAAAUGUUCCUGCUACGACAAAGGGUCUGUGAUUCCUCCGGGAGAAGUCAUCAGCAAGGACGGUGGCAUGUGCACCUGUAAGAACGGCAAACUCAGCUGCAUCGGAUCUUCCACCAGAGCGCCAUCUUGUUCCUCACCAAUGGUGUUCUUCAACUGCUCUGAUACUGCUCCAGGAUCCACAGGUUCUGAGUGCCAAAAGAGCUGCAGCACAAUAGACAUGACCUGUAUCAGCACAGAGUGUGUCUCAGGCUGUGUGUGUCCUGCGGGACUUGUGUCUGACGGGAAAGGUGGCUGCAUCGAAGCAGCUCUUUGUCCUUGUGUUCAUAACAGCAAAACUUACCAGCCUGGAGAAUCCAUCAACAUCGACUGCAACACCUGCACAUGUAAGGACAGGAAAUGGCAGUGCAGCACAGAUUUGUGCCAUGGGACCUGUGCAGUGUACGGCGAUGGACAUUACAUCACAUUCGAUGGAAAAAGAUUCACUUUCGAUGGAGACUGUGAAUACACUCUUGUCAGAGAUAACUGUGGUCACAGCAAUACCAGUGGCACAUUCAGAGUCCUCACGGAAAACAUCCCCUGUGGAACAACCGGUGCCACCUGCUCUAAAGCCAUCAAACUCUUUCUGGGGGUGAAUGAGCUCUUACUAACAGACGGAAGCUAUGAAGUUAUCCAGAGAGAUGCAGGAGAUGAAAUUCCCUACCAGAUCAGCGUUAUGGGCAUUUACAUGGUCAUUGAAGCUAGUAAUGGGCUAAUUCUGAUGUGGGACCAGAAGACAAGUAUGUUCAUCAAGCUUAGUCCUAAUUUCAAAGGUGAGGUCUGUGGUCUCUGUGGAAAUUAUGAUGGCAACACAAACAAUGACUUUACUUUGAGAAACCAAGGUGUGGUCAACAACGCCCUGGAUUUUGGAAACAGCUGGAAGGAGUCCUCCAGCUGCCCUGAUGCUAUUCAGAUCAAAAACCCAUGUACUUUUAACCCCUAUCGACAGGCCUGGGCACAGAAACAGUGCAGCAUCAUCAUGAAUGAAAUGUUUGUGUCCUGUCACAUGCAUGUUGACCCUGAACCAUAUUAUUCUGCAUGUGUAAGGGAUGCAUGUGCUUGUGAUACUGGAGGAGACUGUGAGUGUUUCUGUACUGCUGUAGCAGCUUACGCUGAAGCCUGUAAUGAGGCUAGAGUGUGUGUUGCUUGGAGGACACCAAAAAUCUGCCCACUGUUCUGUGAUUACUACAACCCACCUGAUGAGUGUGAGUGGCAUUACAAACCUUGUGGAGCGCCCUGCAUGAAGACUUGCAGGAACCCUGAAGGAAAGUGUUCCAGUCAGAUACCACCACUGGAAGGCUGUUAUCCAAAAUGUCCUGUUGCUCAGCCAUACUUUGAUGAGGACAUGAUGAAAUGUGUUAAGAAGGAAAGCUGUGGCUGCUAUCAGAAAGGAAAACAUUACAGAAAUGGAUAUGAGGUCCCAAGUACAGAAAACUGUCACAAAUGCUAUUGCAGUUCAUCAGAAAUCAGCUGCACAAAAGAUGAUGAUGCUUGUACCUGCUUAUAUAAUGGAAAAAUAUAUCAUUAUAAUGACACAAUCUACAAUACUACUGAUGGACUUGGCAACUGCAUCACAGCUAAGUGUGGAAAGAAUGGAACAACUGAAAGGACAUUAUAUCCUUGCUAUACAACUCUACCACCAAUGACAACUGUCUUUGACUUCUCCUCAACAACAGUCUCAACUCAGCGCCCCAGUACUCCAGUGUCAUCACAACCAACAACUACAACUGUACCAACAUCCAGUACAUGCCAGCAAUCAUGUAAAUGGUCAGAAUGGCUUGACACAACAUUCCCAACCCCUGGUCUCAGUGGAGGUGACUCUGAAACAUACAAAAAUAUUAGAGCUGCUGGCCACAGGAUCUGCGAGCAACCAACCAAAAUUCAAUGCCGUGCUGAAAAGUAUCCAAAUAAAAGCAUAAGUGAAGUUGGACAGAAUGUGGAAUGUAAUGUAAACAUAGGUUUGAUAUGCAAAAAUGAAGAACAAUCAGGCCCAUUCCCAUUAUGUUUGAACUAUCAAAUACGAGUUUACUGUUGUGAUAAGAACCACUGCACAUCACCACCAAUGUCACAGUCAAUACCAACCACAAUAAUGGUAACCACACAGACAAGACAACAUUGUGAAGUCUGCUCCUGGACCUCAUGGAUGAAUGUUGAUUAUCCUGAAUAUGGACCAGAAGGAGGGGACAAUGAAACAAUCAAAAACAUUAUUAAAUCUGGUCGUUAUAAAGUAUGUGAUAAACCAGCUGAAGUCAAGUGUCAAGCUGUGCGAUAUCCAGGUGUUCCAUUGUCAGAGUUACACCAAAAUGUUACAUGCAGUAAUGCAGGUCUACUUUGUGAAAACAAAUAUCAAACUCUAAUAUGUCUUGAUUAUGAGGUAAAGGCAAAAUGUUGUAAGUCAGAAGAAUGUACAAUACCAACAACUGAAACAACAACAACUCCAACAACAACAACACCAACAACUACUACAACAACAACAACUCCAACAACAACAACUCCAACAACAACAAUUCCAACAACAACUCCAACAACAACAACAAUAACUCCAACAACAACACCACCAACAACUACUACUACAACAACCACACCAAAGCCUUCAGGUCCGCUCACAACUUCAUGCAUACCUGUGUGCACUUGGUCUGAAUGGAUGGACUUUGGCCCUCCUACAUCUGGUCCUAAUGGUGGUGAAGUUGUACCAAUAAAAAGGAUAAGUGACACUCAUCGUCAUAUCUGUUCCACACCAACAAAAGUUGAAUGCAGAGCAAAACUCUACCCUGAUAUUCCGCUCACACAGUUGGGUCAGGUAGUGACUUGUAAUGCCCAAGAUGGAUUAAUUUGCCUCAAUGUAAACCAAGGUCUUCAACAGCAGUGCUUUGACUAUGAAAUAAAAGUAUAUUGUUGUGAAGUCCCAGGAACAUGUCCAACUAGCACUACUGCACCAAUCAGAACAUCAUCAACAACAACUCCAACAACUACAAGAACAAGUACUUCAACAACACCCCCUACAACCAUCAGCUUAACAGUGACAACAAGUCUGCCCACAACUCCAUGUCCACUUGAAUGCUCUUGGUCUGACUGGCUGGACUUUGGCCCUCCUACAUCUGGUCCUAAUGGUGGUGAAGUUGUACCAAUAAAAAAGAUAAGUGACACUCAUCAUCAUAUCUGUUCCACACCAACAAAAGUUGAAUGCAGAGCAAAACUCUACCCUGAUAUUCCGUUCACACAGUUGGGUCAGGUAGUGACUUGUAAUGCCCAAGAUGGAUUAAUUUGCCUCAAUGUAAACCAAGGUCUUCAACAGCAGUGCUUUGACUAUGAAAUAAAAGUAUAUUGUUGUGAAGUCCCAGAAACAUGUCCAACUAGCACUACUGUCCCGGGAACUCCAACAACAACAACUCCAACAACAACAAUUCCAACAACAACUCCAACAACAACAACAAUAACUCCAACAACAACACCACCAACAACUACUACUACAACAACCACACCAAAGCCUUCAGGUCCGCUCACAACUUCAUGCAUACCUGUGUGCACUUGGUCUGAAUGGAUGGACUUUGGCCCUCCUACAUCUGGUCCUAAUGGUGGUGAAGUUGUACCAAUAAAAAGGAUAAGUGACACUCAUCGUCAUAUCUGUUCCACACCAACAAAAGUUGAAUGCAGAGCAAAACUCUACCCUGAUAUUCCGCUCACACAGUUGGGUCAGGUAGUGACUUGUAAUGCCCAAGAUGGAUUAAUUUGCCUCAAUGUAAAUCAAGGUCUUCAACAGCAGUGCUUUGACUAUGAAAUAAAAGUAUAUUGUUGUGAAGUCCCAGUAUCAUGUCCAACUAGCACUACUGCACCGGCAACUCCAUCAACAACUCCAACACCAACAACUCCAACAACAACAACACCAACAACAACUCCAACAACAACAACACCAACAACUACUACAACAACAACAACUCCAACAUCAACAACUCCAACAACAACAACACCAACAACAACUCCAACAACAACAACAACAACAACAAUAACUCCAACAACAACCACACCAAAGCCUUCAAGUCCACUCACAACUUCAUGCAUACCUGUGUGCACUUGGUCUGAUUGGAUGGACUUUGGCCCUCCUACAUCUGGUCCUAAUGGUGGUGAAGUUGUACCAAUAAAAAGGAUAAGUGACACUCAUCGUCAUAUCUGUUCCACACCAACAAAAGUUGAAUGCAGAGCAAAACUAUACCCUGAUAUUCCGCUCACACAGUUGGGUCAGGUAGUGACUUGUAAUGCCCAAGAUGGAUUAAUUUGCCUCAAUGUAAACCAAGGUCUUCAACAGCAGUGCUUUGACUAUGAAAUAAAAGUAUAUUGCUGUGAAGUCCCAGAAACAUGUCCAACUAGCACUACUGUCCCGGCAACUCCAACAACAACAACUCCAACAACAACAAUUCCAACAACAACUCCAACAACAACAACAAUAACUCCAACAACAACACCACCAACAACUACUACUACAACAACCACACCAAAGCCUUCAGGUCCGCUCACAACUUCAUGCAUACCUGUGUGCACUUGGUCUGAAUGGAUGGACUUUGGCCCUCCUACAUCUGGUCCCAAUGGUGGUGAAGUUGUACCAAUAAAAAGGAUAAGUGACACUCAUCGUCAUAUCUGUUCCACACCAACAAAAGUUGAAUGCAGAGCAAAACUCUACCCUGAUAUUCCGCUCACACAGUUGGGUCAGGUAGUGACUUGUAAUGCCCAAGAUGGAUUAAUUUGCCUCAAUGUAAAUCAAGGUCUUCAACAGCAGUGCUUUGACUAUGAAAUAAAAGUAUAUUGUUGUGAAGUCCCAGUAUCAUGUCCAACUAGCACUACUGCACCGGCAACUCCAUCAACAACUCCAACACCAACAACUCCAACAACAACAACACCAACAACAACUCCAACAACAACAACACCAACAACUACUACAACAACAACAACUCCAACAUCAACAACUCCAACAACAACAACACCAACAACAACUCCAACAACAACAACAACAACAAUAACUCCAACAACAACCACACCAAAGCCUUCAAGUCCACUCACAACUUCAUGCAUACCUGUGUGCACUUGGUCUGAUUGGAUGGACUUUGGCCCUCCUACAUCUGGUCCUAAUGGUGGUGAAGUUGUACCAAUAAAAAGGAUAAGUGACACUCAUCGUCAUAUCUGUUCCACACCAACAAAAGUUGAAUGCAGAGCAAAACUAUACCCUGAUAUUCCGCUCACACAGUUGGGUCAGGUAGUGACUUGUAAUGCCCAAGAUGGAUUAAUUUGCCUCAAUGUAAACCAAGGUCUUCAACAGCAGUGCUUUGACUAUGAAAUAAAAGUAUAUUGCUGUGAAGUCCCAGAAACAUGUCCAACUAGCACUACUGUCCCGGGAACUCCAACAACUCCAACAACAACAAUUCCAACAACAACUCCAACAACAACAAUAACUCCAACAACAACACCACCAACAACUACUACUACAACAACCACACCAAAGCCUUCAGGUCCGCUCACAACUUCAUGCAUACCUGUGUGCACUUGGUCUGAAUGGAUGGACUUUGGCCCUCCUACAUCUGGUCCUAAUGGUGGUGAAGUUGUACCAAUAAAAAGGAUAAGUGACACUCAUCGUCAUAUCUGUUCCACACCAACAAAAGUUGAAUGCAGAGCAAAACUCUAUCCUGAUAUUCCGCUCACACAGUUGGGUCAGGUAGUGACUUGUAAUGCCCAAGAUGGAUUAGUUUGCCUCAAUGUAAAUCAAGGUCUUCAACAGCAGUGCUUUGACUAUGAAAUAAAAGUAUAUUGUUGUGAAGUCCCAGAAUCAUGUCCAACUAGCACUACUGCACCGGCAACUCCAUCAACAACUCCAACAUCAACAACUCCAACAACAACAACACCAACAACAACUCCAACAACAACAACACCAACAACGACUACAACAACAACAACUCCAACAACAACAAUUCCAACAACAACUCCAACAACAACAACAAUAACUCCAACAACAACACCACCAACAACUACUACUACAACAACCACACCAAAGCCUUCAGGUCCGCUCACAACUUCAUGCAUACCUGUGUGCACUUGGUCUGAAUGGAUGGACUUUGGCCCUCCUACAUCUGGUCCUAAUGGUGGUGAAGUUGUACCAAUAAAAAGGAUAAGUGACACUCAUCGUCAUAUCUGUUCCACACCAACAAAAGUUGAAUGCAGAGCAAAACUCUACCCUGAUAUUCCGCUCACACAGUUGGGUCAAGUAGUAACUUGUAAUGCCCAAGAUGGAUUAAUUUGCCUCAAUGUAAACCAAGGUCUUCAACAGCAGUGCUUUGACUAUGAAAUAAUAGUAUAUUGUUGUGAAGUCCCAGAAUCAUGUCCAACUAGCACUACUGCACCGGCAACUCCAUCAACAACUCCAACAUCAACAACUCCAACAACAACAACACCAACAACAACUCCAACAACAACAACAACAACAAUAACUCCAACAACAACCACACCAAAGCCUUCAAGUCCGCUCACAACUUCAUGCAUACCUGUGUGCACUUGGUCUGAUUGGAUGGACUUUGGCCCUCCUACAUCUGGUCCCAAUGGUGGUGAAGUUGUACCAAUAAAAAGGAUAAGUGACACUCAUCGUCAUAUCUGUUCCACACCAACAAAAGUUGAAUGCAGAGCAAAACUCUACCCUGAUAUUCCGCUCACACAGUUGGGUCAGGUAGUGACUUGUAAUGCCCAAGAUGGAUUAAUUUGCCUCAAUGUAAACCAAGGUCUUCAACAGCAGUGCUUUGACUAUGAAAUAAAAGUAUAUUGUUGUGAAGUCCCAGAAUCAUGUCCAACUAGCACUACUGCACCGGCAACUCCAUCAACAACUCCAACAUCAACAACUCCAACAACAACAACACCAACAACAACUCCAACAACAACAACACCAACAACGACUACAACAACAACAACUCCAACAACAACAAUUCCAACAACAACUCCAACAACAACAACAAUAACUCCAACAACAACACCACCAACAACUACUACUACAACAACCACACCAAAGCCUUCAGGUCCGCUCACAACUUCAUGCAUACCUGUGUGCACUUGGUCUGAAUGGAUGGACUUUGGCCCUCCUACAUCUGGUCCUAAUGGUGGUGAAGUUGUACCAAUAAAAAGGAUAAGUGACACUCAUCGUCAUAUCUGUUCCACACCAACAAAAGUUGAAUGCAGAGCAAAACUCUACCCUGAUAUUCCGCUCACACAGUUGGGUCAAGUAGUAACUUGUAAUGCCCAAGAUGGAUUAAUUUGCCUCAAUGUAAACCAAGGUCUUCAACAGCAGUGCUUUGACUAUGAAAUAAUAGUAUAUUGUUGUGAAGUCCCAGAAUCAUGUCCAACUAGCACUACUGCACCGGCAACUCCAUCAACAACUCCAACAUCAACAACUCCAACAACAACACCAACAACAACUCCAACAACAACAACACCGACUACUACUACAACAACCACACCAAAGCCUUCAAGUCCGCCCACAACUUCAUGCAUACCUGUGUGCACUUGGUCUGAUUGGAUGGACUUUGGCCCUCCUACAUCUGGUCCUAAUGGUGGUGAAGUUGUACCAAUAAAAAAGAUAAGUGACACUCAUCGUCAUAUCUGUUCCAAACCAACAAAAGUUGAAUGCAGAGCAAAACUCUACCCUGAUAUUCCGCUCACACAGUUGGGUCAGGUAGUGACUUGUAAUGCCCGAGAUGGAUUAAUUUGCCUCAAUGUAAACCAAGGUCUUCAACAGCAGUGCUUUGACUAUGAAAUAAAAGUUUAUUGUUGUGAAGUCCCAGAAACAUGUCCAACUAGCACUACUGAACCAGCAACUCCAGCAACAACAUCUUCAACAACAACUCCAACAACAACAACAACAACUCCAUCAACAACAACACCAACAACUACAACAACAACUACAUCACCAAUAAGAAGUACAACACUGACAACAACAUUUGAAGUAAUAACUGGAUCCAUAUCAACACCUCCUACAGGCCAUCAAUGUCAAUGCAAUUUUAAUGGAACUAAAUUCUCUCUAGGUUCCUAUAUUUACAAUGUGAGUGAUCCUGAUGGAUGGUGUUAUGUUGCAAUUUGUAAGCUGAAUGACCACAACGAAUGUAAGAUUUACAAUGAUUCAUUUGCCUGUGGUGUAAGUUCAACUACACCAGCACCAACUACAAGCCAGCACAUACCCUGUGACAAGCCACCUCUAAAGCAUGGAGAGACUAUACCAGAUGGAAAUUGUGCGAAUCUUACAUGUGACAAUGGAGUAGUCAUACAUGAGCAUGUGAAAUGUGAGGAUGCACCUUUGCCUGUGUGUGUUAACCAACAUCCACCAAAGCUAGUGAAAGAUGAUUCCGGGUGUUGUUCCAAAUACGAAUGCCAGUGUAUAUGCAGUGGCUUUGGAGACCCACAUUACAUUACUUUUGAUGGAACAUACUACCCAUUUCAAGGGAACUGUUCCUAUGUCCUUGUCAAAGAGAUAAACCCAAAAUACCACUUCAGUGUCAUUAUUGACAAUGUCUUCUGUGACUCUGAAGAUGAUCUCUCCUGUCCUAAAUCUCUGACUGUGCACUACGAAUCCUUUGAAAUUUUCAUGACACAAGAGAUUUCUAAUGGAAGCAUUAUAAAUCUGAUUAAAGUCAACAACAAUCUGGUCAAACUACCAUAUCAGAACAAGGACUUCCGAAUUUCAGACAAUGGUAUUGAAUCACUCGUCGUGAUACCAGCAAUCGAUGCACAGGUCACCUUUACUGGCAUGAUGUUUUUCAUCAACCUCCCUUGGCAGAUGUUCCAUGGAAACACUGAAGGACAGUGUGGAACAUGUGAUAAUAACCGUACAGAUGAUUGUCGCCUACCAAAUGGCACCAUUAUAUCCUCUUGUGAAAAAAUGGCUCAGUAUUGGAAUGUCAGUAAUAAUAAUAGCUGUCUAGUGCCAAAGCCUAAACCAACACCGGUGCCAUGCACCAAUGCUCCAAUCUGCCAAAAUAUUAGCAAGAUCUUUAAGGAAUGCCAUGAGCUUGUCCCAUACCAGUUUUUUGAGGAGGCCUGCAUUUAUGACGUGUGCCACAUGAACAACGAGGUCAUCGGUUGCUACAGUUUGCAGAUGUAUGCUGAUCAGUGUGCUCUGGCAGGAAUCUGUAUCGACUGGAGGUCAGCCACGAACAGAGUGUGUGAAUUCAAAUGUGAAAAGCCCAAAGUCUACAAACCUUGUGGACCUCAGAUUCCAGAAACUUGUGAUUUAAGUUUUAACCUCAAAUUUAUAAGCACACCCAGUACAUUUAGUGCUCUGGAAAAAAUAUUCUGGGAAGGCUGCUACUGUCCGAAUAACACAAUACAGUUGGGUCCAGAUGUAAAUGAGUGUGUUGAGUAUUGUGGCUGCAAAACACAUGACAAUCAGAUUAAAAAGCCCAAAGAGAAAUGGAUUUCUGGCUGUAUGAACUGCACAUGUGAAGAGAGUCUGACAGUGAGCUGCAUGCAUUUAACAUGUCCUACAAAAGAGCCUGUUCACUGUGACGCACCCGGUCAGGUGAAGAUCACAGAGACUGUGGAUUGCUGCGAGCAUGACAUUUGUGUAUGUAAUAGUAGUCGUUGUCCCACUGAGACUUGCCCUAUCGGAUUCACUCCACUCAUUGUCGAAAUGAAAGGCUGUUGUCCAGCUUACACCUGUGUGCCUGAACCUGUCUGUGUGUUCAAUGACACAUUGUAUAAGCCUGGUGAAACCUGGACUCCACCUAAUGACAAGUGUGUGACUUACAGCUGCGUGAAAAAUGGGACUCAGUACAGUACAGUAAAGAACCAGCACGUUUGUCCACCAUUCUUUGAAGAUGACUGUGUUCCUGGAACAAUUGUCAUUGCUGACUGCUGUCCUAAAUGCACACUGAAGAAUAGGGCAUGCAGCCUCUCCAGAAACUCCACUUACCUUGAGAGUAAUGGCUGCCGGACUGCAAAACCAGUGGAAAUGACAGCUUGUGAAGGAUCUUGUGUCACAUCUUCCAUCUACUCGAUGGCAGCCAACAUGUUUGAGCACUCGUGCUCUUGUUGUCAGGAAGUGUCCACCAUCAAGAAGGAAGCGGAAUUCCUCUGUCCAGACGGAUCAAAAGUCACCCACAUGUACAUCUAUGUGGAGAAGUGUGGCUGCUAUGAGAGAGAGUGCACCCUGAAGGAGACUUCUCCUGUCCAGAGACGGCGUAGGCGUCGGUGAUCACAUGUAGAACAGUCAUUUUCUCUAAUCAAUGUUAAUCUAUUUAUGACUCUAUUUACAUGAAUCAACUAAAGAAUUGUGAUACUGUAACUGUAAAUCCUUUCUGAUACUUAGAACCUAAUAAAUAUCAGCAAUCAACAAGCCACAA